UCAAGCCGUUUAUAAAUCAGUAAUAUUUAAAAGGACUAAUGAUGUUUACGACCACAGGGCGAUUUACUACUAUAUAUCACUCGCAGAUAGGGGAUUAAAUACCCCCAAUUCUUGUUUGCCGGACAUUAUACACCUCUUGUUUGGACUAGCUCUGUAUGUUCAGAGAGUUGUCCAACAUGGCUAGGAAUAUGGGACCGCUUAUGUUCUCAAUGCUCUUACUUGGGGCCGUAUAUGCCAAUCCUGAGAAUUCCCAUGGACGGAAAUCUUUCAAAGGAUAUCAAGUCAUUUCAGUGCAGGCCGAAAAUGAAAUGCAAGUGGAAUAUCUCAACUUACUUCAGACUGGCCCCGAGAUUGACUUCUUUCAAAUCCCGUCACUGACCCAGAGAACAGACAUCCUGGUGCCACCUACCCAACUGAAGGAGGUCAAAAGGUCAUUUAGAAAGAUGAAAAUGCCGUUUGAAGUCACCAAUCGGGAUAUUGAGCAGUUGAUUGAACGGGAGCGCCAGCAAAUGGCGGGAAAAUCUACCGAUGAUAUCUGGACGUCGUAUCUUCCUUGGGAAAAGUUUGAAGUCUGGCUACAAGAUCGAAGUACAAGCUACCCGAACAUGAUUGAAUUGAAGAGCAUUGGUAAAUCAUACGAGGGCAAGGACAUUUGGCAGGUUAAGGUUGCAGCGAAUGUUAACGAUGCGAAAAAACCGGCCAUGUAUAUUGAAUGUCUUGCGCAUGCCCGGGAAUGGAUCACGGGAUCCGUGUGCCUCGGAUCUAUCGACAUCUUGACAUCUAACUACGGGCAGAGUGGUACCCAGGGACAGCAGGCCACGGAGAUGUUAAAUAAGUUUGAUUGGUAUUUCAUCCCCAUGAUGAACCCCGACGGCUACAAUUUCACCAAAGAUAACCGAUUAUGGCGCAAAAACAGAGUACCAAAUGCAUUUCCAACCUGCCCAGGCGUGGAUCUAAACAGGAAUUUUGACGCCGACUGGGGCGGUGCUGGUUCAUCUUCCAACUGGUGCGCUGACACUUAUCGAGGGGGCAGUGCGAAUUCUGAGAACGAGGCUAAAGCAGUGAUCGGAGCCGUUGCUGAGACAGGCAGAGUUGUGUCAUACCUCUCCAUCCACUCUUACUCACAGCUUCUCCUAGUACCAUACGCCUACUCCACGGUGAAAGCCCCGGAUUACGAUGAACUGAAACGUAUAGGAGACGAAGCGAUGUUGGCAUUGAGAAGGGUCAAUGGGGUCACUUUCCAAGUCGGUCACGGUCCUGAAAUUCUGUAUGCUGCCUCUGGAGGAGCCUUUGACUACUUCAAGUUGAAUGACGUCAAAUAUUGUUAUGUGUACGAGUUGCGCCCCGGGCCUGGCGCCGGAAGUAAUGGAUUUAUACUGUCUGCGUCGGAGAUUGAUCCCAGCAUCCGGGAAACGUUUGCUUCCUUCCACAGUUUCGCCGUUCAAAUACCGGCAUAAGAAAGAUUACUGGAUCACUUGAAGAUGAGAGAGAAUUCACCUUGUGAACAUGUAAUUAAAAAAACGAUGGAUAAUUGUGUUUUGAGUUUACACGUCUUGAUUGCUUAGUAAUUUUUUUAUUGCUGUCAAUUUAUUAAAAAUGAAAUAAAAUCACUGCAGAGAAA